CCUAAAGUUAACGACAGAGGUAAAAUACUUAGGGGUAACACUAGAUCAACAGUUGAACUGGAAAAAACAUAUUGAAACGAAAAUUCAGAAAUCUACAAUCAUCCUAUGUCAGUGCAAACGCAUGAUAGGCAAAACAUGGGGACUAAAACCGCACAUAAUGAAGUGGCUAUACCUUACAGUUGUAAGAAGCUCAAUGACAUAUGCAUCUAUAGUCUGGUGGCCAAAAGUGAUCCAAACGACAACUCAACAGGAACUUCAAAAAUUCCAAAGACAAGCACUGCUAUCCAUAACGGGCAGUAUGUGCACAACACCGACAGCUGCAAUGGAGGUAAUACUAGGAAUUCCUCCAUUACAUCUCCAUAUAAAAGAGGAAGCAACGCUUACAGCUCUCAGACUAAAAACAUGCGGACUGUGGAAACACACAAACACAGCCCACACCAACAUCUUAAAAGAGGGAAUACAAAUAAACCCAUGUAUGGAGUGGAUAUGUGAUAAAACACAAAAACAAUUCGUGAUGGACAAAACAUACAAAAUCAAUACAGAAGAAGCUAGUAACUGCUACACAAACCCUGACACCCUAGAUGUGUACACGGAUGGGUCAAAGACAGACACAGGUACUGGAGCAGGAGUCUACUGCCAAGACCUCAAUAUACGGAUUGCACAAGCGCUUGGUAAGCACAACUCAGUCUUCCAGGCAGAAUGCGUCGGCAUCACAACUGCGGCUGUUGCCGUGACCAACAGACAGGUAUGACAGACAGUCCUCUGUGCAGAGCCUGCAUGGAGGAGGACGAGACACCGCUACACGUUAUGCUCAGUUGCAGAGGCGUAACGGAACAACGAGCAACCUACAUUGGCUCCUCAGCGACACUCCAUGAGGCUAUCGGCGACCUGGGCGGCCUGCUAAGCUUCUGGAGCGAGCUCGGCUGGAUGGAAUAAAUCCAGCGGGAACCUACACCGGAGGGACCCACGCACAACGGCCAAUCAAAUGGCUAAGUGCGGAAACGGCCCAGAAUAAAGAAGAAGAAGAAGAAGAUAGGUUGAUGCUGAUGA